UAUCAUCACUAGCCAAUGGCUUCACCCAGAGCAGCCUGAGUUCCCUCGUCUUCUUCUCACUCCUCUCUUCCCAGGUUGUCACUUCACGUUCCUGAAAACCUUCUCAUUUCACGUGAAGCCAUCAGAUGGUCCCUCUUGGUCCUUGGGCAACCUAAUACUUUCCCUCCCUUCUGCCACCCAGCAUCCAGCUGAAUCUUGAAUCAAUACCGGUGCACUGGGUGUGAACGGAAAGAGACUGCUCAUUAUUUGCCACGAUUUCCCUCGGAGUGCUUGCAUUCUAGUGCGCUCUCUCCCGCUCUCCCUCCUUCUCUCUCCCUCUGCCCCCUCUCCCUCUCCCUCUCUCUCCUUCUCUCCCUCUCUCCUCUUUUUCGUCCCCACUCCUUAGUUAGGAACUGGUUCAACCAGAGUACAACCAGCUCAGCCGCAUCUGGCCCCAGAGGACCUGCAGGAGGCGGUAGAGGAGGAGCCGGCAGGCAGGCGGACAGGAGCUGCCGCGGCGGCGGCGACAGCGCACAGCCGGGCCGGGCAUUGCCGCGCCUCCCGGGACGCCGAUGCGGGGCCGGCGGCGCGCGGGGAUCGCUCAUGAGGCCUCUGCCGAGCGGGAGGAGGAAGAGCCGCGGCCUCUCGCUAGGAGUCCUCGCCCUCUGCCUGGCCGCAGCCCGCUGUCUGCAGAGUCAGGGCGUGUCCCUGUACAUUCCCCAGUCGGCCAUCAAUGCCACGGUGGAAGAGGACAUCCUGCUCUCGGUUGAGUACUCCUGCCCCGGCGUCCCCACCAUCGAGUGGAAGUAUACGUCCACCUGGGGCGUGCAGAAGAUCGUGGAGUGGAGGCCGGGCACUCAGGCCAACAUCUCCCAAAGCCACAAGGACAGAGUCUGCACCUUCGACAACGGCUCCAUCCAGCUCUUCAGCGUGGGCGUGAGGGAUUCCGGCUACUACGUCAUCACGGUGACCGAGCGCCUGGGGAGCAGCCAGUUUGGCACCAUUGUGCUGCACGUGUCGGAGAUCCUCUAUGAAGACCUGCACUUCGUCGCCGUCUUCCUUGCUUUGCUCGCUGCUGUGGCCGCGGUGUUAAUCAGCCUCAUGUGGGUGUGUAAUAAGUGUGCGUAUAAGUUCCAGAGGAAGAGGAGACACAAGCUCAAAGAAAGCACAACUGAGGAGAUUGAGCUGCAAGACGUGGAGUGUUAGCCAAGGCUGGGUCCAGUUACCUUCCUACCUCAAGAGGAAAACCUUAUUUGCCAGUGAAAGGAGCAAACACAGCCAGUCCUCCCUGGAGCCUCCUGUUGCCACAGCCACCCAUUCCUGAUGGGACAGCUGGAUGCUGACAAGGUUGACGGCCUGGAGCCGAGGUCUCUGGAUGGGACAGAGUCAGUUCUAGUGGCCUGGGGGUCAAAGAGGAGAAUGGAGGCUGUGAGCCAGAGCUUUGCUCGGCUGUGGCUUCAGGGCCAUGUUGACCCACGAGCUGUGGCCCAGUGCAGGCCCUGGCUGCUUCCUCACUCAGCAUCUGGCCUUUGAUCAGAGGCCAGGGUAUUUCCGUGUCCGUGCCCAGCCACCGCUGGCCCAAGCUCUCUGUGCUCCGGGCCCCUCUGCCUGUGCCUCCGUCCAGCCUUCUGCUGUGGGAGCUGUCGUGAGCGCCUGAGGCUUUAGACCACCUGUCAGAGCAGGGAGAGGAUCACCCCGCCUGCCCUGGAGCUUUAGGGCCAAGAAGAGCUCAGUUGGUUCUGGCGGGACCAGCGUCAGGAGCAAGGGAGGGCGAAGAUGACCUUUGUCUUCCUCUCCUCCUCCAGCAUCAGUCGCAUGUUCCCUUCAAUGGCCCCGGUCGGGCCAGUGUGAGACCCGCUUCAUCUGCACCGUGGGCAGCGUCUGGCUUCCCAGUGGCCCCCUGACAAGCUGGGUGACGCUACCUGUGCGAAGGCUGGGUCUGCAUCAUGGGUGGGACACCUGGCCAGUCAGUCGGUGUGGCCUUUGAAUCUGUGCCCUUCCGUCCCUCACGCUCCCUGACUCAUGCCUUGCUCCCUCCCAGCUGGGCUGAGGAGCCCUCGGCCUAACCUACCUCACCGUCAGCGGGUCAAGCCCACAGUGGCACAGAGCCCUCUGUGCAAUUCAAGGAAAGCAUGAGGAAUCUUCAAGAGCCUAGAAAGCAGUCAGCCCUGUACUUUCUGAGUCCUGGAAAUGGGUAAAAUGCCCUGGGGUAUUGGAGCUCCCGGUGAAACUGGGGCCUGGAUCACAGGCGGUCUCGGCCCUUCUCUCAAGUUAUUGGCCACCAGGUUUCCUUGGGUUUCUCCAUCCCAGCUUUCAUUUGGCAAGCUCUAGAGCAGGCAUGAAUUGAUUUUCCAUUGGCUUUUCUCUCUCCAGCGUUCUUAGCUACCGAUCAGAGGUCCCACAGUGAUUAUUGGCGGAGGCUGAGCUGAGUAGCUGUGUCCCCAGCCCUCAGCUGCAGAUUCACCCAUGCAGGCGUGAGGGAGAGCUAGAACAUUCUCUCCUGCCUCCCUUCAAGUCCCUAAUGUCCACAUCUUUUCUAGAAGUGGGCCUGGAGAGGUUAGUAUGAGGCUUUUCCCUAAGUAGUGAACGCAGAGCUACAGGAAGGGAUGGUUGGGGUAUUCAGCCUGGAGCUGUCGGUGAUCGAAAGCAGAGCCCCGAAGGCCCUGGUGGACUCCAAAGGCGAGAGAGCGGCGGAUCGACGUGACUGGACUUGCACCCAGAACGGUCUCACCUCAGGCCACUUCCUGGGCACAACUGUAAGCAUGCGCACCUGCACCUUUCCCAGGCCCCUGCCCUGCAGGAUGAGUUCUGGUCUCCAGUGCCACGAAGAAGCAGGGGGAGGGGGGCCGAGAGAAGCAAAGGGGUCAAGAGUAAUUGGGUGAUUCCUUCCUCCUUUUUCACCCAGCUAAGGCCAUCAGCGGGAAACUGAUGGCUCUGGGCAGCUGCUAGGAUCUCUGUUGUCUUUACCUGCCUUCUAGAACUCUGCCUCUCAGCUGCUCAUUAGUCAGGGGUGGUCAUCUUCAUAAGAAAAGGAGAAAUGGAGACGAAUACCCAGGGAGAGGCCCAGAUGGCAGUUAAAUUGCCCCCCCCCCCCCCCAUUUUCAUGAAAGGUUAUUCCCUCAGCUCUCUCUCUUUUUUUUUUUUGGUCUUUUUGUCUUUUUAGGGCCGCACUCACGGCAUAUGGAGAUUCCCAGGCUAGGGGUCUUAAUCCACGCCAGAGCUACAACAACGCCAGAUCCAAGCUGCCUCUGUGAUCUACACCACAGCUCACAGCAACACUGGAUCCUUAACCCACUGAGCAAGGCCAGGGAUCGAACCCGAAACCUCAUGGUUCCUAGUUGGAUUCAUCUCCACUGUGCCAGGACAGGAAUUCCUUCCUCAGCUUUCCAUUUUUGAUUUUGCACUUUUGAAGCUCCCCCCUCAUUUUGAAUAUUCCUGUGGAAAGUUUUUUUUUUUUUUCUUUUUUGGCUGUACCCAAGGCAUGUGGAAGUUCCUAGGCCAGGGUGGAACCCACAGCACAGCAGCGACCAGAGCUGCUGCAGUGACAACGCUGGAGCCUUAACCCACUGCACCACAAGAGAACUCCAGAAAGAUCUUGGAUCUUGAGUCUGAGGUAUUUGUCUAUUUUCCAAAAAAGAAAAUACUAAAUCAUAAGCUUUAGCCGUUGUAAAUGUUAAACUAUCAGUUAUGUUUCAAACUGUGAAAAAAAAAAUGUUUUAAAAGCUGAAAUAAAAAGUGAAAAUCAAGCCUG